CCUGCUCGAAUGGGGGCGGUGCUUCCAUGUGUUCGGUAACUGGUUGUUGGUGAGGGGGGUUUGGGGCGUGGUCUCACCACCUCGGGGGCGGGACCUCCAUGCCGUUCCUAUAGUCAGCGGCGGGUCUGCAGUCUCGCCUUCAUUCAUUCAUUCAGCUCUUGCCGGUAGCGCCAUGCAGAGGGUCGCGGUGGUCACUGGCGCCAGCAGCGGAAUUGGUUCUGCCUUGUGUGAGCGCCUUCUCCAGGAAGAUGCCAGCCUCCAUCUGUGUCUUGCCUGCAGGAAUAUGGAGAAGGCCAAUGCCACCCGUAAGAAGCUGCUGUCCUACUUUCCCCAUGCAGACGUCAGCAUUGUUCAAGUAGACGUCGGCAGUGUGGAAUCAGUCCUCAGUGCAGCCAAAGAGAUCAAGAAGAGGUUUCAGCAUGUAGAUUAUCUCUUCUUGAAUGCUGGGAUCAUGGUAAAUCCACGUAUCAGCUUCUCAGCUUUUGUGCAUGGCCUCUUCUCCAGGAGAGCCUAUCGGAUGCUGACCACGGCAGAAGGGCUGAUGAGUCAAGAGGACCGUGUCACUCCAGACGGCCUGCAGGAAGUCUUUGAAACCAACCUUUUUGGGCAUUUCGUACUGAUUCGGCAGCUGGAAUCUUUGCUUUGCUGUAUUGGAAGGCCCAGCCAGCUCAUUUGGACCUCCUCGAUCAGCGCCCGCAGGUCUAACUUCAGUCUUGACGACUACCAGCACAGCCAAGGCAAAGAGGCCUACAGUUCCUCGAAAUAUGCCACUGACCUUGCUAGCGUGGCUCUGAACAGCCAUUUCAGCAAUCAGGGUCUAUAUUCCAGUGUUGUGUGUCCAGGAGUCGUGAUGACCAACAUGACGUAUGAAAUCCUGCCUUCUUUCAUCUGGAAGUUAUUUUUCCCCAUCAUGUGGCUGAUCCGCCUUUUCACUCACACUUAUACACUGACACCCUACAAUGGAGCAGAAGCCCAGGUUUGGCUAUUCAAGCAGAAGCCGGAGACGCUGGACCCACUGGUGAAAUUGCACAGCUGUACCACAUUAUAUGGGAAGAACUAUGUAGACGUCCGCAAGAUGGAUAUCGACCAAGACCUGGCUGAGAAGUUUUACCAGAAGCUGUUGGAACUGGAGAAGGAACUUUUGACAAGAUGUGGCAGCCCGGCCCAUAAACAAUAACUAAUCAGUGUCUCCUGUUGCUAUCUUCAUGGCAGGGGGGGACAUUAUUGUUUCUUGUUUGCAAAGCAAACCUCACUAAAGAGAUGACAUCAGGCUUUCCUGGAGCUGAUGAAAGGAACCAAAAGCCUUAAUUAUCUGUCUCCAUUACCCCCUUCCCCCCAAAAUGUCUGGAACUGUACUUCUGUAUGCAAACUGACUUUCUAAUAAAUUGUAGG